AUGUCUAAUCAAGACAUUCACCCAAACAAAUACAGUGAAUUGCGAAGUAUCUGUAAAUAUUAUAUCGAUUCAUAUAAUGCGUUGUAUCAGCUUAAAAUGGAAAAAGAAGAAGAAUUAAAAUCAAUUUACAAAAUAAUCAAAACAGAAUUGAUUGACUCAAAUAAAUUUCCUCCCCAAAUGAUAAUGAAAGACAUUUUGAAUAUCAUUCCGUAUAAUAAUCGCUAUACAAAGUCAUAUUUAUAUCUUGCCAAACUAAUAUCUGAUGAUUAUAAGGUAACAGAACUCGGCCCUAUCGAUUUCAUCCCGAAAUUCCUGUUUUACAAAGAAUAUGAAAUUAUAUUAGGCAAAUUUGAAAAAAAUACACCAGAAAACCUCGAAAUUCAUUCAGAAAAUACAAUUUACAGAGCAAUUAUGUAUAAUGACUUAGAAAAUUUCAUUUCAUUCACUGAAAGAGAUGGAUUUGAUAAAAAUAAAAGACUUGCAUGCAGAUUAUAUCCAUUUUCUAAUACAGUAUAUCCAUUUUCUAAAAAAGGAUAUUCAUUACUUGAAUUAUGUUGUUACCACGGGGCUGUUGAUUGUUUCAAGUUUUUAAGAACAAAAUUUAACUCAGAAAUAACUGAAACAUGUCUAGAAUUUUCAUUUUUAGGAGGAAAUCAAGAGAUCAUGAGUGAAUGUUUGAAACAUCAAAAACCAAAUAAAGAAUGCAUGCGAUAUGCAAUUAUUUCUCACAACAUUGAUUUUGUUACGUUCUUGAUGAAUGAAUACAAAAUAAACAUCGAUUUAGAUCAGUGUAGAACUUAUAAUAAUCUUGAUGCACUCUUAGUUUAUUAUGAUCAAACUAAUGAUUUUAACAAAUGCUUUGUUUAUUCAGCAAGUUUUUGCAUAUUACCCCUUUGCGCUUAUUUCAUUUCAAUUGGUGUAAAUAUCAAUAAAAAUAAUGAAUAUGGACAAACUGCUCUUAUUAUUGCAGCAUUUUAUAAUAACAAAGAAAUUACAGAACUUCUUCUUUCACAUGGUGCAAAUAUCAAUGAAAAAGAUCAAAAUGGAGACACCGCUCUUAAUUAUGCAGCAUUAAAGAAUAGUAGAAAAGAAAUAGUCGAACUUCUUAUUUCACAUGGUGCAAAUAUUAAUGAAACAAAUAAAUCUUUUCAAACCGCUCUUCAUUGUGCAGCAUUAAAGAAUAGUAGAAAAGAAAUAGUCGAACUUCUUAUUUCACAUGGUGCAAAUAUUAAUGAAAUAGAUCAAUAUGGUAGAACCGCUCUUCAUAUUGCAGCAAUGAAUAAAAAUAAAGAAACAGUUGAACUUCUUAUUUCACAUGGUGCAGAAUAA